CUGGUUAAAAGAUGUAAUGACGCCAUUUGACUAUUUGAGAAUUGGACAAAUGAGAAAUUAACCCUCGGAUUGGGCCAUCGAAACUCUUCCCAGAGUCUCCACGAGUUGUAAAAGGCCGACGGUCGCCAAUUACGCGUGACAUUAUGUUGGAUAGUGCACUUAAAUUAUUAAAGGUUGGUGGUUGCUAGGAGGAGGUGGUAUGGAGGUCACAAACUACUGCUUCUUAGUUGUUUUCCUCCUGCAUCAUGCUGUUUUUUCUUUAGCUACUUCGGAAAAUUUAACUUGUGGACCAGGAUUAAGCACACCUGGAUAUACGUUCCCUAAAGGAGACAUUACGUUGGAAUAUGGUUCAGCUUUAGAGAUAUACUGUAUUCUUAAUCCGGAUAGGAAAGAAAAUGCCUCGUCUCUAUCGUUUACCGUUAAUGGUACCACCAUUCCUCAGAGUGCUUAUAAAAUAGUCAAUAGAACUACGCUGAAACUCUAUUUUAAGAAACAUCCACCGGGUCGCUAUGUCUACCAUUGUUUGCUCGAUUCGAUUGAUGACCCUUCCAGCAAAAACCGAGCUGUAUGCCUCAACGUUGUACAUGUCGGUUAUAAACCAAAAGAAGUAUCCAAUUUUUCAUGCAUUUCUCAGAAUUGGGAAAACAUGAAUUGCACAUGGGAUCCUCCAAAUAAUAGUGUUCCAACUUAUUAUGAAUUGAGAUUUUAUCUAAAAGGCGAUCGAAAAUAUUCUUAUCCCUGCCCAGUACAUAAUGUGGUCGAUCAGAAUAAUUGUGUAUGGAAUGCUAGCUCAAAUCCACCUCAUCGCCAGCCUUAUGCACAGUAUAAUUUUGUUUUAACUGCUAUAAAUCGACUUGGCAAUUUAACUAAGAGGUACACAGUUAAUCAAUAUGCACGAGUGUUGCCGAAUAAACCUUCAAACCUUAGUUUAGUUGAAGCAACACCAAACAGCUUGGUAAUAUCAUGGAAUGAAGGCCAUCCUUUUAAGUCAUUCCCGCCUGGUAUUGUCAAUAGAUUAAUAUACCAAUCUAAAUGGGAUCCUCAAACGUAUUGGGAAGUCAGAAAUGCAGUAUUUCCACCGAAAGAAACUUCCCGGAUGUAUAAUAUUACUGGAUUAAAGUAUCCACAUACAUUAUAUGAUAUAAGGGUUUUCACGCGAUCUUCAGUUGCUCCGGAUGAAGAUUUUUGGUGGUCUGAACCUGCAACUAUUACACUCCGCACCAAGCCAACAAUACCCGGGCAUCCACCGUUAACUGACAUAGGAAGUUUUGAGACUUCUGAUUCCUCAAUUGAAACAGAAAGAAAUGUUUACGUGUAUUGGCAACAAAUCCCACGCCAUUUGGAAAAUGGAGAUAAAUUUGAGUACAAAAUUAUCCGUAUUGAAGAAUUUACAGAUGAUGGUGUAAAAAUAAGGGACAUUACUCCAACGGAAGUAUCAAAGACUUUCGCCAAAUUCACUGGUCUGUCAUUCAACCGGUAUAAAUUUACAAUUGUAUCUUCCAACUCCGAAGGGUAUUCGACCAAUGCUUCAUAUAUAGAUGUUCCAAGUAAAAAACAAAGUCCUCCGGAACCAGGAUCAUUUUCAAAGAUUGCAUUCGAUAAUGGCAUUUAUGAACUAUCAUGGAAUGUCGCUCCAAACAUCCUAAGCUAUACCAUUUUUUGGUGCGAUAAUAAAAAAGAUAGACCCUUCGAUUGCCAGGGUUUCUUAAAUUGGACCAAAGUAUACGUUAAUAAAGACGACCUACAAUGUGACGAGAAUGGAUGUGGUUUACUGCAAAAAAACAUCACACUAUCUGGCGAUAAUGUGUAUCAGUUUGCGCUUUCAGCGAAUACUGAAACAAGCAGCAGCGGGAUGGUGUGGGCUUCUUGUACUGUACUUCCACAACUUGCUAAAGGAAAGCUUCGCAACAUUUGGAUUAGUCGAAUAGGGUCGACAUUUAUCGAAUUGAGUUGGAAUUUGGAUUGCUUUGUAAGGAGUCGAAUCAUAAAAGGAUUUGAAAUUAUUUACUGUCCCAUCACUGAUCCUCAGAAUUCAAAUUGCAAAGAACCAUCUCAGAAUAUGACAAUAAAUGGGUUGGAAAUAAUAAAUGGGGCAAAGGUCACUAUAAAUAAUCUCAAGCCUUAUACCACAUACAUGCUCUAUGUCAUUGCCAUGUCAGAAAAUAAAGAUGACCGCAUAAAAAGUGAUGCUCUUCUCAAUACUACUUUGGAAGCAGCUCCUGAUUUGGUGCCGACCAAUAUGGCCAUCCACAAAAUUACCAAUUCAUCUAUCACCUUGUCUUGGAAACCUCCUGUUAGCCUAAAUGGUGUUCUGCGGUACUACCAAGUGAUUUAUGGAACUGAUGUCACCCGAGUAGAGGAUAAGUCUGAAGUUGUUUAUGCAACGCUGAAUAACUUAAGGAGCUUUGAAAAUUAUGAAAUCCGUGUUUCUGCAUGCACGGUGACUUGUUCCAAAAAUUCUGCACUUAUCAAUGCAAUUACAAACGUUGGACGCCCAGAUAAAAUGGAUCCACCAAUAAUUCUAAACACUACGAAACGUGGUAUACAAAUUAGCUGGAAAAAACCGUAUUAUCCUGGAGGUUACCUAGACUUUUUCGAUGUCAAACUACGUCCUGACCGAGUCAAGGAUCAUGAAGAAGCCCCAUUCACUAGAUUAAAUGGUUCCUUGUUUUCUUAUCAGUGGAAAGAACUUGAAUGUGAAAUUUAUCAAGUGCAAGUGAGGGCUGUUAAUGUGGGGGAGGACAAUUCAACGUUAGAAGGAGAAUGGUCAAAUCCAACAAGUUCAAACUGCAUGUUUAAGGAUAAAGAUUCAAUAGAUGCUUGGUGGUACAUCCUGGUCGGUGUGCUUGCAGUGAUCGCUAUAUCAAUUGCAUUUGGCUAUUUUACUAGAUGUAUGUGGCUCAAGUGCAAAGCAAUGCAAAACGUAGGUGUGAAGUUACCGCCUCAACUUGAAUUGAACAAUGUGUAUAAGGACAAUAAGUUUCCUGCUGAUCAACCUAUAACUAAUCACAUUGGAACUACACAGCUGAAAUCGCUCGAUACAAAUAUAAUACCACCUCCAGAUCAAGAACUAUUGCUGGUGAAGAAAGAAAGCGAGUUUAUCGAAAAUAGUAUCGAAGAUGGAGAAGAUAAGAAUGGCGAUAGAGAAAGCAGUGGAUGUGGUUCAGGACAUGAUAGUGUGUCGUCUUCCAUUACUGCUGGAACUCACAUAACAGAUUCAGGAACAGAAGCCGAUGAGCGACCUCCAUCUCCCGAAUCACCUGUGUUUUCCAAUUCACCAAGGAACAGAAGUUCAGAUUUGAGGCAACGGAAUAUAUCACACAGCAAUGGCGGUGAAGAAGGUUUUAGCAGGCUUGCUCUAACUCCAGCUAGUGUGCCAAUGGGUUAUGUGACGGUUCAGUCUGCGCCACGUGGUUACGUUUCGCAUGCUCCGUUAUUCUUGGAUUCCCCUAUUAGGAAGUGACAUUGUUGUUGGUCUAUUUUAUAUUACCUCCUCUUCUCAGAACUCCGAAACAUAAAAUUUACAACAUUGCUCAUACUUAAAGCCUCAUAACCUUGCCUACAGUGUGAUCCUUGGCAAGAAGGCCGUUCUUGCAACUCUGCUCUCAAUCUUAAAGCGAGUUUAUUUCUAGUGUUUAUGACUGACUAGGGUCUUCGCAAUCUCUAUUGCCGUAAAUGGUCCUUUGUACAGCAUUUAUUGGCUAACCUUAGUACCGCCCUCAUUUUCAGCAGGUGUGAUCUACGGCUUCAAAUGUACCUGAAGGAUAUACUCCCAGCAACAAUAUAGUUCACGAAUGUUAUCAAAAGGUGGGUAAAAUUACCUGCAAAAUCUCCUGGCACCUUUGAAUGGCAAUGAGUAGUUAAUAGCCAUAGGUGUCCACGUUUACCUCUUAAACACGUUAACAUCGAUCUAUCAACAGUACUCGAUUUCCUCAAUCUUUUAUUUUGAAAGGUCUUGCAACAUCUUGCGUUAAUAAAUAAAUGUAUGGAAUCAGUUUAGUGUUUUAAAUGUGUCUUUUAUAAUUGAAUAUGAAAGAAUAAUUAACAAAAAUAGAAAGUUUAGAUGGUGCUGAUAGUGCGUGUUAUGUGGAGGGUUAUGACUGCUGUGUGCCUAAAGGCAGUAUAGAUCUGUUUGCAGUUAUUUUCUUUCUGAUUCAGUGGAAAACGUCCAAUGAUUGACCUUUUGUGCAAAGUGUAAAACCUUUUGUGUAAUACAUUUGAGGUUAGUAUUGUUGGGUUUUUCAAAAUUUCUACUUUUUAACUCAAUUCAUUGGGUCUUUGUGCGAUAAGCAGUUUUAUGUGUACAACGAAUUUUAACCCCUUACAAGUGAGAGCUAUAUUGAAAUGGGUUUUAUUUUUUUACACGACCACUUUUUUUUUUGUGGUGAUUGAUUAAUUUUUUAGUCAAAUUGUCUUAAGAUUUUCAACCGAGGCAAUUCCUAUUAGUAUUUAUUAUUACAUUGUUACUAGCUUUAUGUAUAUAAGCCAAAGUGGCCACUGAACAAUGUUAUUUUUUAUGAUAUGAUUAUCAGUAUCUCAAAAUCAUUAACUUUUUACAGAAUGUCAUUAUUUUAUUUACAAUAUGUUAUCUAUUUAAAACUCAUUUCUCGUACUUUGUUAAAUCGGGUUAAUGCUUGCUUUUAAACUUAAGUAGUAAUCAAAAACAUUUAUGGAUGAUAUUUUUACUAAUCAAAAUGAUGACAGUUAUUUUGUUAACUUGUUAUUCUACAUAUAACGCGUAAUGAAUAAACAGAGUACAAAGUAUUUUUGUAUUUUAUGUUUAAUGAUAUUGUAGAAUAAAAACGGCCAUGAAAGUUUUGUUUUGUGAUGGUAAAUCAUACAAUUUAAAUUAUAUUUUGAUGAAUUCAUCAAAUAGAAGAACUGAUAGAGUUGUUUAAUUAAAGAUUUUUAAUGUAUGUUAUUAGUUUCCAAGCAUACUGUUUGUAUAUCUACAUAUGUUUAGAAUAAUUUAGCAUAAAUCUACUUUGCUGAAAUGUUAACACUCUUACCUUGAUUGUCGUAUACAUAAUUCCUAUGGAUUACCUGUUAACAAAAAAGUUUUUAUUUUUAGUGUUUUUAUUUUUAUUAUUAUAAGUGUAAUAAAAACUCAAGAGAUUUUUAGUUUUUGUUGUACAUUAUACGUAAGUAAUGUAAAUAGUUUGUAUAUUAAUGCCUGAAUGUGAUGUUACACUGUAUAAAUAAUGUUGUUAUUUUACAUUUUUGUUGUAAAUAUAUUGGCAAUUUCUUUUUCAAUUAAAAAUUAAGUAUAAAAAUUAAAAAAAACUAUUUUUGAUUGAUUAAAAACAUUAAAUAAAAUUUAAAACUGUCUUUAAAUUAAAACAAACCUAUUUGUAAUAAAAUUUACAGCUUUUACGUCUAAAGUACUGUCUGUAUGUUGUAAUGCUCACAACUGUUGGGUGAUAUAAAUGUUGCACACCAUGCUGCUAUUUGUUAUCAAAUAUGAUAUCAAAGAAAUAUAUGUAAAUUUUAAUUCUAA